UUUUUUUAAACGCUGUUGGAAAUCUCGCGAUGGAGGGAGGAGGAGGUAUUCGCCUAGAAACACUUAAAGAAGAAAGUCAGUCAAGACAUGCUCUACCUGCAAGUUUUGAAGCCAACAGUUUGCAGAAAAGCAACUGGGGUUUCUUACUUACUGGGCUUGUGGGUGGGACCCUGGUGGCUGUGUAUGCUGUAGCCACACCGUUUGUAACGCCAGCCCUUCGAAAAGUCUGUUUGCCGUUUGUACCUGCAACUACAAAGCAGAUUGAAAAUGUUGUGAAAAUGUUGCAAUGCCGAAGAGGAUCCCUUGUAGACAUCGGUAGUGGCGACGGACGCAUUGUCAUAGCGGCUGCGAAGGAAGGGUUCACAGCAGUUGGUUAUGAAUUAAACCCAUGGCUAGUUUGGUACUCCAGAUACCGCGCUUGGCGAGAAGGUGUGCAUGGUUCUGCCAAAUUUUAUAUUUCGGAUUUGUGGAAGGUUACUUUUUCGCAGUACUCGAACGUUGUUAUUUUCGGUGUGCCUCAAAUGAGGAGUAAUUUUUGCUUAGGUCUUGUUUUCUAAAUAUCACUUCUCACUAAGAGGAACCAGGAAUCUUGGAGAAAGAGGCUGAAUCAGGACUGUGGAAGAGAAGAUACAAAAGCCAGGAACAUUUUAUUGAGCCUGAAUGUAAGGAAGUGCUCACAAUAUUUGAUAACAGCAUGUCCAAAGGACAGAGAAGCCAGUGGCAAGAGCCUCCCAGUGGCCACAUUAGGAGAAUUGGAGCAUUUGAAUACACAAGGACAGUAAUGGAUUAUAAUCCGUCCAAUGAAAUAAGAAUAUAGGUGUUUGUCCUUAUAGCAGAUUGGUAGGUAAGGAGAGAGAGAGAGGCAGAGCAAGUGAGGGGAAAGCCGUUCCUUACGGUAGAGUGCCAACUGUACAUCUAGAAGAAAGGACAGAAUUAGCAGAUUGAUUCAGGCCAGAAUCGUCCGUGAGUGCUACUUCAAGUGUGGGGACUCUCUGAUGAGUAACAGGAUUUACAUCAUCCCAAAGCAUCUCCCCACACACUACUCAUUAUAAAAGGAGAAAAAGCAACCGCACAAUGGAGACACCGCAUCCCACCUUCACUGUGUGGUUAAUGCCAUCAUCAAGAGCAGAAGGGCCUCCUGGGUGUCUGUGGAGCCUGGUAAGUUCACAGCCUCACAGGUGGGGUGUUGCCAGAGACUACACACUGCACUGCUCAUGAGCAUACAUCAGAGGACCCACCGCCAGGGCCACUUUGGUUUUAUUGUCACGAAAACCAAAGAAAGACUGAGGAACUGUUUUCCAUCCAAGGAGACCAAAGGAAUGUUACGGCUAAGUGCAAAAAUGAUCCUGGACUGGAUCAUACCCUUGGGAAAUGUUAUACAGAACAUUAUUGGGACAAUGACAGAAUCGCAGUGUUAUUUGGAAUUAUUCUAUUGGAAUACAAUGUUAAAUUUCCUGAAUAUAACUGUGCUGGGAUUAUGUAUGAAAAUAUUUUCUUAGAAAAUACACACUGAAGUAUUAAGGGAGUAAAGGAGCAUAUUGCAUACAACCUUUUCUCCAGUGGUUUAGGAAAAAAAUGUUCAGAGAGAGAGGAAGAGAACAAAUGUGACAAAAUGUUGAAAAUCGGUAAACCCGUAGGCCAGGUGCAGUGGCUCACGCCUGUAGUCCCAACACUUUGAGAGGCUGAGGCGGGCAGAUGGCUUGAGCUCAAGAGUUCAGGACCAGCCCGGGCAACAUGGUAAAACCCCGUCUCUACAAAAUUAGGAGGUUGAGGUGGGAGGAUGGUUUGAGUCCAGGAGGCGGAGGUUUCAUUGAGCCAAGAUCACACCAUUGCAGUCCAGCCUGGGCAAUAAAUCUUGUCUCAAAAAAAAAAAUUAUUUGAACCCAGGUAUAGGUAUACAGGAGUUCUUUGUUCUGUUAUUGCAACUUUUCUAGAAGUUUGAAAUCAUCCCAAAAUAGCAAGUUAAAAGAAGAAAGUAGAAAAAAAAGUAUUUUUAGGAUGUGAAGAUGGUGAAGGUGGUAAUAUAUUUUUAGGAUCUGCAGAUAAAUUUUUAAGUAGUUGUUAAUUUGUUGAUGUAAUUAAAAUAUCAAUACUUUUAGCAAAUAAUAAAAACUUUAUUGGUAGAUUGAUAAUAAAAUGGUACAACGGUGGUAUAAGUUAGGCUAACUAUCAAGAAAUUCAUUAUCAGUAUAUUAUGAAUACAUUUUUAAAAAUUAUGAAAUAUUUCAUGAUAUUUCCAGUUGGUAGAAUUGUGUAUAUUUUUUCAUGAUCUAACUAUACCACGUUUCAUUGGCUGUAGAUCUUGAUUUUAGGAUGCACCAUUGCUAUUGAGAAACAAAAAAAUUGGUAAUUAUAAUUCUAAGACAAUUAGUGUUGUGUGAUGUGUCCUGAUUUCAGAGAUGUUAAAAAUGUGGAAAAAUGUGGCUGGGCACAGUGGCUCACGCCUGUAAUCCCAGCACUUUGGGAGGCCGAAGUGGGCAGAUUGCUUGAGCCCAGGAGUUUGAGACCAGCCUGGGCAACAUAACAAGACCCCUCUCUCUUAAAAAAUUAUGGAAAAAUAAUGUCUUAAAUAUAUGAGACUAGGUAUAUUGAAGUGUUGAAGUAAGUUAUUUAAAACUGCUUCUUCUUAUAAUUACUGCCACACCCUGAUUUUAUUUAGAAAACAAUCUAUGAUAGACAUCUGCUAAAAAUGGCAUAUUUUGUAAUUAAUACUAGAAGAUGUUCGUACAACUGCUGUCAGUGUAUCUUCUGUAUUUCAGUGGAUUGUUUGUUCAUGUGUUUGUGUCCCAGAGUGCUCUUUUUAACAAGUAGUAAUUUUUGCUCAGGUAUUUUCAGGGACUCUUAAAUACAGAGGAAAUUUUGGGAUCAUUUCCUCUGACUCACUGCUCAUUAAAAUAAUAGCUGUUACUC